GGUUGUCCAAUGAAAACACAGGAUGAAGAAGAAGCGACACUCCUGCUAGAAGCUUAGUUUGGACUCGGUUAUCUUUCAUGCAGUCACCUGUGUGUCACUGCCUUCAUGUCUGUGAGCUCAGCACGAACUCGCGGUUGGCAAAGCAGGUUAAGUCCAAAAUAAAACACGAACAGCGAAGCUGGUUUUGAAAUAUGCCGGUGGUGUGAGGUUGGCCAGUGUUAGCACGGAGCUAGCUGCUGUUAGUUUGUUUUGCUAACGCUGAGUUAACCCUGCAGGAUGGCUGCUGAGCUCUAUAUCUACUAAUGAUGCUCAUCAACUAACCUCGGCGUCCGGAUUUCGAUUUGCAAUAUAUAAAUCAAAACAUCCGAGUCAGUCCAGUUUCCAGCAGCAGACGCUUGUGCUGGGUUAAACGUUAUCAGUGGAUGUGAAACCUGAAGCUACCGGCAUCCACGGCAUGAUUCAUUCGGUUGUUUGAUGGGGAUUUUAAGGAUCAUGAUGCUGCCGAAGAUCCAGCUUUUGGCUGUUUUGGCAUUCGGAGUGGCGAUGCUGCUGAUCGAGAAUCAGAUCCAGAAAUUGGACGAGUCCAGAGCCAAACUAGAACGCACCAUAGCCAGACACGAGGUGGCCGAAGUAGAGCAGCGUCACAGCGAAUACGGGGGUGGGCGGGAAGUUCCGCCGAUAGUAGAAAACGACGACACGGUCAUCAUCUACAACAGAGUGCCCAAAACAGCCAGCACGUCCUUCACUAACAUCGCCUACGACCUGUGUGGGAAGAAUCGCUUCCACGUUCUGCACAUCAACACAACCAAGAACAACCCUGUCAUGUCUCUACAAGACCAAGUGCGCUUUGUCAGGAACGUCACCUCAUGGAGAGAGAUGAAGCCCGGCUUCUACCACGGCCAUGUAGCUUAUCUGGACUUCUCAAAACAUGGCGUGAAAGGUAAACCACUGUACAUCAAUGUGGUGCGUGAUCCCAUAGAGCGCCUUGUAUCGUACUACUAUUUUUUACGUUUUGGAGAUGACUACAGACCAGGCCUUCGACGAAGGAAACAAGGAGACAAGAAGACCUUUGAUGAGUGUGUGUCAUCAGGUGGGUCUGACUGUGCUCCGGAGAAACUGUGGUUGCAGAUCCCUUUCUUCUGUGGUCACUAUUCAGAGUGCUGGAACGCGGGCAGUAGAUGGGCUCUGGAACAGGCCAAAUACAACCUGGUAAAUGAGUACCUGUUAGUGGGAGUAACGGAGGAACUCGAGGACUUCAUCAUGAUCCUGGAAGCAGCACUCCCACGCUUCUUUAAGGGAGCCACAGAUCUCUACAGAACAGGAAAGAAAUCCCACCUUAGGAAGACCACAGAGAAGAAGCCCCCCACCAAAGAGACAAUAGCCAAGUUGCAGCAGUCAAACAUCUGGAAAAUCGAAAAUGAAUUUUACGAGUUUGCACUUGAACAGUUUCAGUUUGUGCGUGCCCACGCCGUCAGGGAAAAAGACGGAGAACUCUUUGUCCUUGCACAGAGCUUCUUCUAUGAAAAGAUCUACCCCAAAGUGAACUAAAAGUGUCAACAGAAAAGCAUUAACAAAGCUGCACAGGGACAAGUCGUGUACACUGGGAAAGUACGAGACAUUAAGCAGUGCUGGUUUCACUGGGGUCUAGUUGGGAAAUCCUUUCAGACACUGUGGUGAAAUUUCUACUUUUUUUAUUGCUAGUGCAGCUGUUGAGAAAACGAAGGUGUCAGUCUAUACUGUGAGAAAGAAUUUCCCAAACCUUAAGACAAGAAGGGUUUUUUACCAUGUUUGAUGUUUGGGUGGACUUUCAAAAUAAAAGCAGGAAACCUCAACUACUUCAGCAGCUUCAAAACAGUGUUUAGUGCAGAUGGUCACGGCUACAUUCCUACAUGCUGUGUUAACAUGUUUUUGGACCAAAUUGUAGCAAAAGAAAACAGAUUGGAUCAUUGCAUCCUUUGGUGCGUGACUGGUAAUUUUUUAUUCCACAGAGAUCUUCUCAAUUUUUACAUGUUUCACACAUUAUUUCAGUGAUUUAUCACAGAUAUUAAUGUGCAUGUUUUUUCUUAAAAGACAGCUGCUGUUCUUUUGGGUUUUUUUAGUCUGAAAGGACAACCUGGAGUAGGAGAAAGGUACUAAUGACUAACAGCUGGAAUGUUUGAGUACAGUACUACUGCAAGCAAGAAGAAACUGAUAGUGCCUUUAUAUUAAUGUAUAGAACAUUUCUUUAAUAUUAUUUUUCCUCUGAUCCCACAUUCACUUUCCUUUUAUUUUGGCGCAUUGCUUCUAUGAUUACUGUUGUUUUUCACUCUCCACAGUAACACUCUGAAUAUAAACAAAUAACUGCAAGUUUGUGUGAUGAAUUUUGUGAAUAAGUUUGUUUGGCUUUUAAAAGGUGAUUUACUUGUUUUAUGCAACUUUAACCAAAUGAUACAGUAUGAAAUGACUUCGACAUACCCAGGAUAUAUUUCACACACUGUAACAGUGGCAAUCAAGCUAUAAGCAGUAACACAAAAGUGUUGAUAAACUCCAUCCAAGCUAUGAGCACGUUCAUAUGAAUGUUGGCCGUGUGCCUGAGAUGUAGACAAGUCCACUGACAGCAGAGCGAGGGAUUUUUACAAAGGAAGAUAAAACUAUAACAUUACAGUAGCAUGAAGAAAUUACACAAUCUUUGGUAAUGUGGUUAUUGUGGAUUAGUGGAUAAUACUAACUUUCCACUCUCCACUUCUGGCGUAGAAGCGAUGGUUUUUCCCCCUAAUUGCGUAUUUAGAAACUGGCAUCUUGGAGCAGCCAUUUGACUGCAUUAACAGCUGGAUCACUAUCUGGGGAUAUUCGCCAGGUGAAUGAAUCAGUUCAGUUUUAUUUAUAUAGUGUGACCUGACAACAGUCACCUCAGUCUGCUAUUCUGCAUCAGUGUAGUUUUACAGACAAAUGAAUGGACGAGACCCCACGAGCCAAAUUUGCCGACAGUGGAAAGAAAAAAACCUCUUUUUAACAGGAAGAAACCUCCAGGAGAACCUGGCUCGGGGAGGAGCGGGUAUCAACCGCAUGGGUGGGUUGGGUGAUGAGUAGAGUGUAGUGACAUUCACAGUUGCAUUAAUAGGAAUUUGCGUUAAAUUAGAUAUUUGAGAGUUUCGCAGCCAAAUGUUUUGCAGAAUCCAUCAGCAUACAGUUUCAAAUACUCUGUAUGCUUACCUUCAUUCUAUUGGAUCAGGGAUAGUAUGGAUAUUGGAUAGAAAUAUGUUUGAGCUUUAAACAUGUUAAACCCAUACAAGAGAGGUUCAGAAAUAACUGGAUCCUUAGCUACUAAAUUUUUUAGUAGAGAACUCUGUCAUUUCACCUGACUCCAACUUGAUUUGGAGGAAGGAAAAAUGUAAUUGUCCACAUACUUAUGGUCUGGACCGUACUUGUGGACAAUCCAGCCUGUUUUUGCACCCUUUUUAGAUCCGUUACAGUGAUUUACAUGAGCCCAGUAACUCUUGACUCUAUUUCUCGUCUUUUGGCUCCAUAAUUACAGAAUAAUUGCCUCGCUAUAUCUUACUCAACAGGGAGUACUUAACCACUGAAACCGUGAAAUAACACACUGGGACGGGAUGAUCUGCUGAAGUCAGCUGUAUUACCAACUCUUGCCUCCUCUCUGAUGGGAGAAUAGGCAGUGGGGAGGGGAAGUGUCUGUGGGGGGAGAGCACUACCAUGCUCCACCAGUCCACAGCCUGUUCCUGUGUCUGCACAGAGACGAGCACAAAGGCCCCAACCCACAUUUGAUGCUUUGUGGCCAUGGACACAAGGAGAGGCUGCCUGUCUCAGAAAAUAGAACUCAAUUAACAGUUUUGCUGCAGGCAUAUUGGAACAUUGUUUCAUUAAUGAGAUGAAUACAGUCUGAUAAUUACUUCAUCUCAAUUAGGAAAAAAGGCUACACUCUAUAUUGAUUGUGCCUGAUGAGCUUGAAGGUUAAUUAGGAACACGAUUUUUCAAAAGUCUAUGCUGCUCUUGUAGCUGUUUGUGGUUGACAUUCUGGUUUAAAGCAGGUCUUCCCAUCACAAUAAGACCACUUCAUUUGUUUCGUUUAGCAAAAAUAACCUGCUCUUCCUUAACCUUGAAGCCAGCCUGUGUUCUAAGCACUCUGAUCCACAAGAGGGAGCCGUGGUGCUGCUGAAAACCUGCACAUAGCAGCAUGGGUUCUUGGACUGACUGCAACGCUUCAACAGGCCCACAUUAAUGCACCUGUGCAAAGCCAAAUGGAACAAACUAACAGUGCAUUACCAUUAACAAUACAAAUUACACCAUUAGGCACACUUGGCUCACAGGCCUAGUGACGGCUAUAAAUAGUUUCACUUGGUCUUGGACAAUUUGCGCCGUACUUGCAUAAUGACGGCAAUCAAAUUAAUUCAGGAUGUGUGACUGAAGUUUCCUGCAAACAGGAACACGUUGGGCUUUUUUUAGUGGUUUGUCUCUUCCUUUGCAAGAAGAACUGAUCAGCAGCUUUGAUAUAAGUGAAAUUAUCUAAUGUAGUAUGCACAAUAAUGACCUCUUUUUGUCAAUGGAAGUUGGCUGGACCUCUCCAAAUGGCCCUCUGGAUUGGCUUUGAAGCCUUUUUCAGCAGACCAUAGGAGACCCAGCACAGUUUUUGCAGCUAGCUGACCUCAAAGUGGUUUCACUACUGCUCCAUAAAACAAACAGAGCAGAGCAGAGGCAGCUUGACUGCCCCUCGCUGGGACUGUGGACAGGACCUUAAAGCGCUUGGCCAAAGGGGACCAUUAUGUGUACUACUUCUCUCUGUGUUUUAUGUAAAUGCGCCACGCUGCAGUGGAAGGUAAAAUUAAGCCAGCAUGUCAGAGGCUCUGGGCCAAGAAAACCUCAAGUGUCCCUGAUAUUUUACUGGAGCCUGGUGCAGAUGAUAGAUUGUAGUUGAUGGGAGGGAGAGAAAAUGAUGGAGGCCAUCAUCAUCAUAAAGCAUCGCCAGACUCAUCCAUUAAUGCUUUCUUGCCUUCUGGCCUGUUACUCAUUGACAUUUCAUGAUGUGAAAAGGAUAGUUGAACAAGACAAAGACUCUUCAGCCACACUAGCAGCUAUUUGAGGCUACACAGAUAGUUUACCCCCUCCAGUAUCAGCAUUACAUUUAAGACACGGGGCUAAGCAUCCAUUUCUAUGGAGGAGAAGUACAUGGUAAUGUUUGGGGAAACUCACAAACUGCUUGCCUGAAAACACUUAUGUGAUCCUAAAAUACACUAAUAACCAUCACACUAAAAAUAUUGUGUCAACGCAAAAAAAAAAAAAAAAAGAUCUUACUCAAACUGUUGACCAGAAUUUCAGUGCUGUGGUUCAUCACCAAACACGUGCUAAAAUGAAAAGUAUUCCCGUCAGCAACAGUGUUGUCUAAGGAGCAAAUAUCAGUUCGCUACACAAACUGAAAUGGUGAACAUGACUACGGUGAACACUGUACUGUUUACCAUAGACUUAACUGGCUAUAGGUAUGAAUGUGAUCAUAGACGGUUGGCUGACUCUGUGCAUUAGCCCUGUGACAGACUGGCGAUGUGUCCGGGGCGUACGCUGCCUCUGUGACACUGAACUGGAUAAGCAGAAGAAAAUGGAUGAAUGAAGGGAUGCAAAACAUUGACAUAACUACUGUGACAUCAAUCACAGUAAGAAAUACCAUUUAUCUUGCUUGUGGCCUCUAAUGAGGAUCAUAAAUUACAAAAUUAUCAUGAUGUUGCAUUUAAUAAGGCCUCGAAUCAGUAAUUUAAACCUUAGUCAUCAGAAAAGCAAAAAGGUUGUUCUCUAUUAUAUUUACCUGGACGUCUUUUUCCAACCAUGAGUCGCCCCCUGCUGGCUGUAGAAAGAAUGUCGCUUUACCACAGUCUUGGACUAGCCUCACUAUUUAGACUUGGAAGAACCAGUUUGAUUUGCGUAUUUGUUUUUU